AUGUUAUUUAUUAGCAGUUUUAUUUUGUUGCUUUUGGCUGGAUCUCUAAAUGCUUCUAGAAAUGAAAUAGAAGAAUUAUUGGAUGAAUUUAAUCAGGGUAAAGCAGGAAGAGAAAUUAGAGAACAAUCACGGCCUGUUACUCCUGUCCCAGAUCCAUGUGAUCAACAUGUUUGUGGGUGGGGGAAGGAAUGUGUUGUUGAUAAAAAAGGACGUCCAGUUUGUGAAUGUAUUUCAAAAUGCCCAGAACUUGAAGACGAUCCUCUUGAUAAAGUCUGUGCUAGUAAUAAUCAAACAUUUGCUUCUCUCUGUCAUCUUUAUCGCCAACGUUGUGUUUGCAAGAAAAGGAGUGGAUUCGAAAAUGAGUAAA